AUGAACAUGAUCAGCCAAAUAAUGCCAGUAGAAUGCGACCCGGACUCACCCCGGCGUCAUAAGUUGAUCGGGACUUGUGAUGUUAAGUAUAUUAUCGAUGAAGACCCAAAAGAAGAAAAGAAGAAAUCUACACCAGGGAUAAAACUCAUACGAAGAAAAGAAGACUGUCUGAAGAUAGCCACAUGGAACAUUAGAAGUGUAAUAAAACCAGGGAAAUUAGAUAACGUAAUAUUAGAAAUGGGUAGACUACAUUUGGACAUAUUAGGCCUCAGUGAAGUACGAUGGAAAGAUAAUGGUAAAUACGAAAAGCAAGGUUCAGUCUUGUAUUACUCUGGUAAACCAUCAACUGAUAAAGACCACUACCAUGGCGUGGUAUCUAUAACACCUAUAAAGAUACAAGAUAUAGAACUAGAAAUGGUGGAUGAGAUAAAAUAUCUGGGCGUUACUCUGGAUAGAACGCUCAGAUACAGAACUCACAUCAAGGAGCAGUCGGCAAAAGCCAUAAGAACACUGUAUCAAUGUAAAAGGGCAGUGGGGAAGAAUUGGGGGUUGAAGCCGGGAAUGAUCUACUGGAUCUACAAGGCGGUCAUACUACCCAGGGUGCUAUAUGGGGCCGUGGUAUGGUGGCACAGGGCCCAUAUCAAAGAAUACCAAAGAGACCUAACCAAAGUACAGAGAUUAGCGUGCCUAAUGAUGACGGGGGCCAUGAGAACGACCCCGACACACGCAAUGGAGGUAAUGCUAGGUUUGAAGCCACUCUGGAUUGAGGUAGAGAAAAGAGCCACAGAACAGUGGUACAGAAUGAAAGCAUGUAAAGAAUGGAGAGGAAGCUGCGUAGACAAGAGACACGCGCUGAUACAAAGAGAGGCACUAUCAAGAUUUGAGAUGUUGAUGGCCAACAACGACCUUAUAAAAAGGCAGGAGAUAUUCGACAAGAAGUACAGGGUACAUAUAGGAGAGAGAGACAACUGGAAAGUGGAAGUCAGACACCCAACGACAAUCUGCUUCACGGAUGGCUCGAGAAGAAGCUCAACGAAACUAGCAGGAGCGGGCAUUGUGAUCCCUAAACUGGGAGAAACAGUAUCAAUAUCACUGGGUAGAUAUGCUAGCGUAUUCCAAGCUGAGGUAUGUGCAAUAGCGCACUGUGCACGUAUAAUCAAAGAGAGUGUAAAGCAAGAGGGUGCUGUUGUAAUAUACACCGACAGCCAGGCAGCACUGAAGGCACUGAAGAAAAUAUCAGUCACCUCCGCUCUCGUGAGAGAAUGUAGAGAGGAGCUAAACUCGAUAGGCGAACAAAGAAGGGUUACGGUAGCAUGGGUGCCGGGGCACCAGGGAGUAACAGGAAACGAGAGAGCAGACGAGCUGGCGAGGAUAGGGGCGGAGACGGAGUACAUGGGUCCGGAACCGGCUCUGCCUAUGUCAGCGGAUGUCACGAAGGGAGUCAUAGAAAAGGUAAAAGAACUGGAAGCACAGAGAGAAUGGGAAGAAGAGACCAGCUGCAGACAGUCUAAGAUGAUGGUCAAGGGCAUUGAUCACAAAAGAACCAGGUAUCUUCUGAAACUAGUGCACAGAUUGAUAGCGCAGGCGCAGCCCAACUGCGACACGGAGGGUGUUUCCAUCUAG